GGGACUCUGCGCUCUGCAUCCUCUUCGUGUGAUGCGCUCGAUGAUUCUGCACUCGGCGUUGUGCCUUUGCUCACAAUGAAUGGCCGCCUGUAGGAAGAGAGUGAGAGAGAGUGAGUGUGAGCGAGCGAGCGAACGCGUCGGACUCCUCCAUUGAAACACUUCACAACAGCUCGCGGCGCGGGGAAGACCCAGUGCUGCUGGGCGUAGCACCAUGGCUCAGACGCUACAGAUGGCUAUCCCCAAUUUCGGCAACAAUGUCCUGGAGUGUCUGAACGAGCAGCGGCUGCAGGGCCUGUACUGCGAUGUGUCGGUGGUGGUGAAGGGCCAUGCCUUCAAAGCGCACCGCGCGGUGUUGGCUGCCAGCAGCUCCUACUUCCGGGACCUAUUCAACACAGGCAGUAAGAGCUCGGUGGUGGAGCUGCCCUCGGCCGUGCAGCCCCAGAGCUUCCAGCAGAUCCUGUCCUUCUGCUACACCGGGCGCCUCAGCAUGAAUGUUGGCGACCAGUUCCUGCUCAUGUACACCGCUGGCUUUCUGCAAAUCCAGCAGAUCAUGGAGAAAGGGACGGAGUUUUUCCUCAAGGUCAGCUCACCCAGCUGUGAUUCGCAGGGGUUACAGGCUGAGGAGGCCCCGCCUUCUGAGCCGCAAAGCCCCGUCACGCAGACGUCCUCCGGGGCGGUGCCAGGGGCUGGGGUCGGAGGAGCCAACGGGAGUGUGUCGGCAGCCAGCCGACCCGCUUCCUGUCUCACCCCGCUGCCUUUAGUUUCCCGGGUUAAAAUGGAGCAACAGGAGGCCUCCUCCUAUUCGGUGGUCUGCACCCCGGUGGCCAAGCGGCUCUGGGAGGGCGGCAGCCGGGAGGUGGGCAGCGGCGGCACGGGUGGGGGCGGCGGGGGCGGCAUGAGAAAGGCAGCCCGCUUCUCCCAGGAGGCAGCGAGGAGCAGUGCUGGGCAGUCGCAGGGAGUGGCUGGAGUGACUGGCAGCCAUGGUACUGGCACCAAUGGAGGCGGGAGCAACAACGCCACCAACGCUGCUGCCUCGGAAAGCACCAGCCCCGGCACACUGAGUGCCUACACCAGCGACUCUCCAAACUCCUACCAUGACGACGAGGAAGAGGAAGAAAUCCCCGAGGAUGGUUCCGAGGAGCAGUAUAGGCAGAUCUGCAAUAUGUACACUAUGUACAGCAUGCUCAACGUGGGGGCGACCGCUGGCGAGCGUGUGGAUGCCCUGCCCGACCACAUGACUUCCGACACCAGGAACAGGAUGCGCGUGCGGCAAGACCUGGCCUCGCUCCCUGCCGAGCUUAUCAGUCAGAUUGGCAACCGCUGCCACCCCAAGCUCUAUGAGGAGGGUGACCCUGCUGAGAAGUUAGAGCUGGUAACAGGUACCAGUGUUUACAUCACCCGAGCUCAGCUGAUGAACUGUCACGUCAGUGCCGGGACCCGGCACAAAGUGCUGCUAAGGCGGCUGUUGGCGUCCUUCUUUGACCGGAACACCCUGGCUAAUAGUUGCGGAACAGGAAUCCGCUCCUCUACCAAUGACCCUAGCCGCAAGCCGCUGGACAGCCGAGUGCUGCACGCUGUCAAACUCUACUGCCAGAACUUUGCCACCAGCUUCAAAGAGAGUGAGAUGAACGCCAUUGCCGCCGACAUGUGCACCAAUGCACGGCGUGUUGUGCGCAAGAGCUGGAUCCCUAAGCUGAAGAUGCUGAUGGCUGAGGGUGACGCCUACUCCAGCUUCCUUGCUGAUGCUGUGAAGAUGGAGGCAGAUGGCCUGAGCGGAGAGCCCAGCUUUGAGGCAGCUAACUUGGAUGCGGGAGCAUCCAGUGAGGCGGGCGCCUCUGGAGAGCCUCUCCAAGGUGUUGGUGGAGAUGGCAGCACUUUGUUUUAGUUAGCGACCAUGGCGAUGCCACCCCUACCCUAGCCAAACCCUGCCUUUCCACCUCCUUCGCCACU